AUGUCAAAUAUGCAAACCCUCAAAGCCCUCACGGCAGACCAAAUCGAGAAGGGAAUUAAUAAUUCCCCCCUCUCCACCCGGUCACUAGAAUCCAUCGACCUGAUAGUCGACAAGUCGAAACUCGACUACCUCCCCAUCACCCUCGCCGACGUACCAGCAGACGAGCCCUUCUUAACCACCCCUGAUGACAGCGGCGACUCAGAAAGCGACGACAACCAACCACUUACUCCCACCGAGGCCCCAAGCCACCCCGCCGACUUUAAGACCACAGACCUGGACCAGACCGUCAUCGGAGGCGCAGUCGUGGACAGUGUCUCCUUGGUCGUACCGGAUGAACAUGCGGCGUCGUUCGCGGGUCUUCCUGUCAUCCCGAUCACAGGGAGUGCCGGUGUUCAAGCCCAGAUGCUAGCUGCGGUGCCACAAGAUAAGGCGCAGGGACGAUCGAAUCAGCUUCCUGUUUUGCUUUUACCGGAUGAGAAGCCGACGACCACGACUGUUGCUGCAGCUGCUGCUGCAGCUGAAAAACAGCUGAUGGCUAACACUGAUGCCCUGGCUGAAAUGAUCAAGAGUACCCCGAAAAUUGAUCAGGAUGCUGGCAGUGCCAGCGGGGACAAGGAGAUUGUCAAAACUGAGCUUGGUGGCUAUGUGCUGGCGGGGGAUAUCAAGAACUUUUUCGGUAUCAAGGGGUUGAAAGCCAAGUUGUACAAGUUUAAAGGCCCGGGAAAGAAAAUCGACAAGGAAGACAGCAACAAGAAAGUGGAUGGGUCCGGAACUGAAGAUCAGGAUGGCGACGGCGACAACAACGCGAAUGCCAACGCAGACAGCGAAGAUGAUUCAGAGCCAGCCCGCGAAAAAGCCAUCCUCAACCCCGAAAGCUACGCCCUAAAAGGCAAACCCCUGGGAACAUUAUUCCCAUUUAUCGACGACAUCGACCUCCAAAAGAUGCCCAUCACGAACCUGGCGUUUACUUACUGCGAAGAGAAGCAAAGCGCCUUCUUCCCUCCCGGUUUGCGCUUUGAAGCCGAUGUUCAACUCAAGGAUAGUCUGCAGUGGGCGAGUGAUGCGCUGAAGUCCAUGUUCGGUGGCCAGAAAACCCCGGAGUCUAUACAUCUCAGUGCACAUCUGGCGGAUGAGAGAGAUUGGACUAAGAGGCCUCGUGUUGAGAAGUUUGUUCUUCAGGGUUACUUCGACAAUAUGGGGCUGAAGACUUGGGACCUUCUCCAGUUCAAGACCAUGGGUGUUGAAAUUACUGGCACAAAGGCUGCUAGAAGCAAGAAGGAUAAUAAGGAGGAAGGUAAGGAUGAUGAUAAGGAUAAAAAGGACGAAGAAGGUAAGGAGGAAGGUAAGGAUGACCAAUCUACCGAAGACCCUCCUAAAGAUACUACCGAAGCGACACCGGAAAAUCUGGAGUCUGGUGUUGGGGGCAAACCCGAAUCUGCAACGAAAGACACCGAGGCCAAGCCCAAGGGUGAUACUGAGGACGCAGCUAAGCCUGAAGAGGGAGACGACAAGAAAGAAGAUGAUGAGAAGAGAAAGCCCAAAGAAAAAAAGUCAUGGAACUUUGGUUUCGGCUUCUUUGGGACGCUGAUGUUUACCAAAGUUCCCCACGCCAAUGCUCCUGUCGAGUUGAAUUACCGUAUCGGUCGAGACUUUGAGGUCGACGAUAGCGCAGAUGGCACAGAUGGCGAAAAGGGUGAGAGCGAUGAUAAGAAAGAUGACAAAACAGAUGCGGAGAAGAAUGCCGAAGACGACAAAGACAUGACCCAGUCUCCCACCGCAGACGUCGUCAAGGUUGAUGCCGAACCGCCCGCAGGGAAACCUUCGAAAAAGCUCCAGAAGCCUCAGAAGCAAUGGUCGGAUGGCAAGCACAAGAGAGUGUGGAACAUGGUCAUCUGGUGCGACAAGUGGGACGAUAUCUACGGUAUCAAGAAUGUCUCGUUGACAAAGGCCGAGCUUAAGUCAUCCUUUGAGCACGGUGAAUUCAAAGAGACCUUGCGUUUGGACCUUUUGGCAGACUUGAAGCUGGGAGGUGGAACUUUUAAGGUUACAGGGUUAAUUUCGAAGAACGAGAACUCCCUGGAUGCCGAGGUUGGCGACCUCAAGUUGAGUGAGAUCAAGAAGAUUCACGCACAAGUCGCCGGUUACGAGGUACCAAAAGACGACACGAUUACAGACACCAAAGUCAAGGAGGAAGAGGAGACCGAUGCGAAAAACGAAGCCAAAGGAAACGAGAUUACUUUCAAGGAACUUCAUCUCAACCUAUCCAGCAAGAAGCGCAAGGAGGAGAAGACGACAGAGAGAUCUUUGCAGUUGGACGGUCAUGUUACGUUCAACGAACAUGCCAGUUCCAGUGCUCUGAUUAAGAUCAAUCAAGAUGGUCUGACGAUCAACGGAGAUAUCAAGGAUUUCAAUAUUCCGGAGACAAGUGUUAAGAUACAAAAGGCAGGUCUGAAUAUUUACGUCGCCUUCAGACACGACAAAAAGAAGAUCAAGGGCCAGACAGAUGAAAAGACAACCAAAUCCAUCACUGACAAACCUGUUUCCACCGAGCAAGACAGCAAAGCCGAAGCCGCUGAUGAGCAGGAAUCAAUUACCGAUGGAGAGAAAGCAGUGACGAAGCCAGGCGUUGCAGGAGAAAAGAAAGAUGAUGAUAAACCCACAAAGCCUAAGCGAGAAAGCCAGUUCUCCAUUCUGGGAAUCGUUCAGAUCGAAGAGUUCGUUGUCACGGUUGGUCUUCACAUCGAACAGAAGAAGAACAAACAGACUCGCGAAUGGCUUGCCGUCGGCAGUGUCAAGAGCCUCAAAUUGUCCGAGCUUUGGCCCACGCUGAAGGGCGGGUUCUUAGACUUGGAGCUCGACAACCUGGCACUGAUUGGCUCGUCAGAGGAGAGGGAGGUAAAGGAAGACAGUGAAGAUGGUUCGAGUGGGGAAAAUAGUAAGGAAGAGGGUGAGGGGACGGAUGAGGAGAAGAGCAAGGAGAAGAGCGAGGAGAAGAGCGAGGAGAAGAGCGAGGAGAAGAGCGAGGAGAAGAGCGAGGAGAAGAGCGAGGAGAAGAGCGAGGAGAAGAGCGAGGAGAAGAGCGAGGAGAAGAGCGAGGAGAAGAGCGAGGAGAAGAGCGAGGAAAAAAGUGUAGAAAAGAGUGAGGAUAAGAAACCUGCAAGCUGGGAUGUCCUCGCAGAGGUGGACUCGUACAAAUACCCUAUUGCCAAAGGCGUCCAACUGUGUGCGACCAUCCGGAAAUUCGACGCACUUGAGAAGCUCAACAACAAUCAAAAGCUCAAUGGACUCGUGUUGAUUGUGGGCUUCUCUUUCGAAGGAAAGCUCCUGAUACGGAUCAACAUGCCGAGAUCUAUGGAGAUUCCUCUCCGCGACUACGCAAAACUCGGUGAAUUCGGUGCUGCUAUCGCCGUAGAUAACGAGGGUCCUUACCUGCAGCUCGACGCUACCCUGAAACUUCUGUUUGAAGACCAGGCUCCAAUUAGGGUCAGAGGUCAUAUCAAGGGAGGCAUCGAGCGUGCCGAGGGAAAGCUCCAUAUGGACAAGAAGGAUAUCUGGAUCAAUCCUUUCAACUUCAACAAAAACUUGGUCAUAUCAAAACUGGGUGUUGGUGCCGGAUUUAGGUACGCGACUGUCGUUGUUCAUGGGCCAGAUCGCUUGGAGGCAGCAGGGAACAUCAAGGUCGGCAAAGAGUUCGAGGCAGACAUGGCUUUAAGCCUCGGUAUCGGCAAGGAUCAAGUCAUUUCAUUCAGCAUGAGCGAAGCCAACAUUAUGAAGCUUGUGAAGUUCGCGGCGGAAAUGGCUGAUAUCAAGGCCAUGGAAAACAUCGAAGGUGCCGAUGAUAUUCUCGUCUUUCGUGAUUUGAAGUUCAGCCUCUCAACCGGUGCGAAGGUCUUUGAUGUCUACUAUGAACCCAGUAUCCUGAUGAAGGGAAGUGUGGAGUUUCUCAAAAAGAAGGGCGACUUUGAGGGACGUCUUAAAGACGAUGGCUUCAUGAUCAAAGCAGGCCUCGAUAACUUCAACAUCGGAGGGCUUGAGAUCAGAUCUGCUAAGGACGAUAGGAAACGGGCGACGAUGGACAUCACAAUGACAAAGGAGACGCAGAAAAUCUUGAUCGAUGGAAUGAUUCGUUUUCAUGAUUUGCACCUGAAAAUGUACAUUGACGCCGAUGUGCAGGAAAGACGUUUGGAUGCCGAUGUUUCGAUUCAAUUCUUGGAGGAACUUUCCUUCCAGAUGAAGGCAAAGGCUAGGAUCCCCGAAACCAAGACACUGGAUGGCCUGUUGGUUAGAUUUGAAGCGGAGCUCAGGCCUGACCUCUUCGGUGCGAUCUUUGAUGGCAUUAAUAACGGAAUCGAUGCGAUCGGGAAACUUGCAACGGAAACCAUCGACAACGCCAUCAACGACCUCCAAGGACAGAUUGAUAAGCACGAAAGCGAACUGGCAAUUAUGAAAAAGGACUUGGACCGGAUGAAACUAAAGUCGGAUGCAGAAGUCCUGGAACGGCAAGAGGCAAUCAAUAAGGAAAAUGGCGAGCUGACCAUGUUGGCAAAUGAGCUUGAAAAAUAUGACCAAGCCGUCAAAGAUGCCAAGGCCAAAAAGGACCAGAACAGUGAUGAAAUCAAAGCGAAGGAAUCAAAGAGAGAUGACGCGCAACGUCAACUUGACACCAAAGUGCGUGAGAUGAGAAAUGAAUAUGAGCGCAAGGUGGAAGAGCAAAGGCAAAAGCAGGCAGAAUGGGAGCUUGAGAAGAAGAGACUGGAAGAUGAAAAGGAAGCAUCAUGGGGAGAUGCUCUGAGGAAAGGUGAAGAAGUAGAAAGGAGCUGGCGUUGGUGGCAAGACCAAGUGAACCAAGCAUACGCCUGGAAGGAACAGGCGUGGCGAAUUCAUUGUGAUGCUGGCUUUUUCGACAAGUUUUCAACAUGGUUGAAAUUCCAAGAAGCCAAUGUCGGCCUGGAGCAAAUCAAAGCUCGACGGGAUGCUCAGAACGAGAUUCUCAAGCUUGCAAGGGAAAUCGUGAGCUCACCGGCUUUUAGGCAAAUUGAAUAUGGCAUAAACGAUGCCGUCAGAGAAAUCAACAAGUUCGGUAGAGCUCUUGACUCCCUGACGAGGAACGGUGUUUAUGGCUAUAUUCAAGAAAUGUCGAGGGACGAACGAGCUGAACUGGAUCGCCAGAUACGACAACUCAAUGAGCUCCGGGAGAAGAGCAAGGAGUUAGAAGCUAACCUCCGGAUGGCAAUCGAUGCACUUGAGAAAAACAAGGGCAGAAUUACAAACCAAGAGAGGGAAGUUCAAACGCGCAUUUUGACGCUGGAGAAAGAGAUCGAGCUCAAGCCUUUCGAAGAUGCGUAUCGGAACAAGAAGAAUGACCAUGACAGAGUCGCCGCGCAGGUUCAAGUGAUCCAGAAAACCCUCAAAGAUAUCAGAAAUGGCGUCAAUGCGGAGACCAAGGCAGCGAAGCAAGUUGUCGAGGCGCUGAAGAAGGCAACGCCCCGGAUCACACUCAUUGUCGUCAAAGCCAGCACCGAGGUAUUCGCCAAAAAUGAGCCCCUUGUUUUCUCGGUUGAUGUAGCGUGGGCAGGAGAGACGAAGAGGUAUGAGGUGACAUGGACGCCGGGUUCGAACCCAGCAGAUCUGUACAAGAACGUUGCAGACAAGGUGAUCGGCUUCCGUUGA